AUGCCUGUCAAAAGAAGAGAAGGCCCAACAAAGCAGCGACAGAUUAGUCUGCGUCGAAGCAUCGACCCACUUCCUCUUCUAGCUGCGCCGGAAACAACAAAGCUGCAAGAGCGCCGAGCAAGUGAAGGAAAGAGCAAGCGACCGCCAAGAUGGCGAGGACCUCAGCACAAUAACAACGGCAACUCACAGAGAAUUACACCAAUCGUGCUACCAGAAAGAGACAAGAUCUCAGCACGUGAGCCCCAGGAAAGCCCAUCACAUCAGCUAUCACAGUCCCAAGACAUCCAACUCCGUUUCUCUUUCUCGCAAUCAUUCACUGAUGAUGUGGAGCGACAAAUCCAUUCUGAGGCCAACUUCAACCAAAGUUUCUCGGGAUUAUCCAUGACUACCGGCCCCAACCAGUCCAAUUCCAUAUCUAGCUCAGGUUCCAGUUCCAGUUCCAGUUCCAGUUCCCAGUCUACUGAAAGGGCUUCUCCAGUGCAACCAUUUCGACCUCAGACGUCUAUCUACCAACCUACGCCGCCUUUGCUGACUAAACCGGGGAAGAAAAAGGAAGGGUAUGGAUUCAGUUAUUCGGAGACGUUCAUGUAUGACUCAGACGAUUACCCAGAUACGGAGUGUGAAUGGGAUCCAGAAGCAGAAGAGCAGGAGACAGAAACAGAGCCCAGUACACCGACGUCAGUUAGUCACAACGCUUAUCUGACCUGGGACGAUGGCACGAGAGAUUCACGACGAACGGAACAACCGCAACAAACACAACAACCAAUACCUCGCCAAAGCUUCAGCUCAUCGACAACUACAGCUACCUCUUUUGAUGGCCUUGUUGUCCUCCGCGACGUGGGUUCCUUUAACUUGACCCGCCCGUCUCGCCACCAAUACACACUCCCAUGCACGCUUGCUACCCCCUCGGACGCCCUUCUCCUCCGCCAACGCGCUUCCAAUCUACUCUCGCGUUACACUGAAUCUGCGUCCAUUCAACUCGGUCUCCUAACACGGCUCGAACGCAUGCUCUAUCUUGAACAAAGCAAACUAGGUGCUACAGAAGAUGCCGUAGCAGCCAGUUUGGCCAGUUGUGCAGAGAGGUUACGGGAUUGGUUGGUACGGAGUAAAGAGGAGAGGGUGAGUACGGGGGAGUGGAAAGGUGUUGUUGAACAUGAGAUUGAAUGGGCGGAGUGUCAGGAAGCCACAGUCAGUGUCAUGCCGCCUUCGACCACUACAGGAAAGGACGAGUACUGGGCGAUGCCGGUUGUAGAACGCUUCAAUCACGCCGAGUGUAUAGCACCGUACAAUGGCAUAGUUGCUGUUCUUCAGAACCCGCGGUCUCUUUCUGAGGAAGAACACAGAUCGUACCCUCACUACAGUGAGAUCCAGCGUCAAUGUGUCGAAGUGGUAAAGCUGCUCGAGUGUACUGCCCCUAUCAGAGUCGGUUUUAGCCGGUUCAAGGAAUGUAAAUCAUCGCCAUUCGCUUUGUUCGAUGUCAACAUGAAGCCAAACAUGACAGGUCCUGGCAGACCCGGAAGAGAGAAUCAAGCUAGUUUGACGGCGUUGGCUGCUGCUAGUUUGGGAUGGAAUUCUCCAACCCUGCUGUUGAAGAUACUCGAGCCUAGUAGUUCACUGCAUGGUCUGAGAAAUGUCAUGUUGUCACAUACUGUUUGUGAAUAA